AUGGUGCAGAGAGUUAUCCAGCCUGAUCUGGAGAGUCUAAAGACUUACGUCCAAGAAAACGAUGAAUCCGUCAAUAUGUACCCAGUUUUCUGCUACCUGCCGGCCAUGGAUUUGACACCACACAUGGCAUACCUAAAGCUGGCACAGAUCAACAACUCUGACAGAAAACAGUCUUUUCUUCUGGAAAGUGCCACCUCUGACAACACAUUGGGAAGAUUUUCGUUUCUGGGAACUGGCCCACGCAAAACUAUCAAAACAGGACCAACGGAACACUCAGAGGUAGACCCACUUACGAUACUGGAAAAAGAGCUAAGUGGCUGCAAGCUCGCUGAAAACGUUCCAGGUGUCCCCAGUCUCAGCGGUGGUGCCAUUGGUUAUGUUUCCUACGACUGUGUCAAAUACUUCGAACCCAAGACCAAGCGUCCUCUAAAAGAUGUGCUACAACUGCCUGAGUCCUGUUUGAUGCUCUACGACACUAUCAUUGCGUUUGACCACGUAUACCAAAGGUUUCAAAUCAUUCACAACAUCAACUUGCAUUCCGUGGAAUCACUUGAAAAAGGAUACGAAGAAGCCAAGAGAGUCAUUCACGAACUGGUGGCUAUCUUGGAAGAUCCAAACACUUCUGACAACAUCGUUCAGCCAAAAAUCAAGUUGAACCAAACAUUCACUUCCAACAUCGGAGAAGACGGUUACAAAGCUCACGUGACGGAACUGAAGCGUAACAUUAAGCUUGGUAACAUCAUCCAGGCUGUUCCUUCUCAGCGGGUUGCCAGACCUACCUCUUUGCACCCGUUCAAUAUCUACAAGCAACUUAGAACAAUCAACCCCUCGCCAUAUCUGUUUUACAUCGACCUUUUGGACUUUCAAGUGAUUGGAGCUUCACCUGAGCUACUAUGUCAAACCGAUGCCCAGAACAAAGUCAUUACUCACCCUAUUGCGGGCACGGUCAAGCGUGGUUCCACACCUGCCGAAGAUGACAAUUUGGCCGACAUGUUGAGAAACUCGAUGAAAGAUCGCGCAGAACACGUCAUGCUGGUUGACCUUGCGAGAAAUGACGCCAAUCGUGUGUGUGACCCGCUAACCACCAGCGUUGACAAGUUGCUCACUGUGCAGAAGUUCUCUCACGUCCAGCAUUUGGUCUCGCAAGUCUCGGGUACGUUGCGUAAGGACAAAACCAGAUUCGACGCUUUGAGAUCCAUUUUCCCAGCAGGCACUGUGAGUGGUGCGCCAAAGGUAAAAGCCAUGGAGCUCAUCGGUGAGCUCGAAGGUGAAAAGAGAGGUGUGUACGCUGGUGCCGUAGGACAUUGGUCCUACGAUGGAAAAUCAAUGGAUACGUGCAUAGCAUUGAGAACCAUGGUGUUCAAGGAUGGUGUAGCGUACUUGCAAGCCGGUGGAGGCAUUGUUUUCGACUCUGACGAGCAGGACGAAUACGAAGAAACAAUGAAUAAAAUGCUGGCCAAUAACAGAACCAUUGUGCAAGCAGAAGAAUUUUGGGCAUCAAGAGUAGGUACCAUUGAAUAG